GCAAUCGAGUCUCUGUUUAUAGAUGAAUAUCACACUCGCAUAUAGUAAUAUAUAAGCUCACUGAUUUGCUUUUUGAGUCGCCGGAAAAUAAGAUUCCGGUGAACUCGAUAGAAAAGUAAUUUUAUUGAUACUGAAUUAUAUACAUAUAGACAUAUAGUUUCUUUACAUUUUUGGCCUUGUGAGGAAUCAAGAAUAUUCCGGCGACCAACAGGCCAAAAACAUCAAGAUUUUUUGGGCUUAGUUAUUUUGAUAAAUGGCCAAGGGCAGGAAAUUAAUGACCACCAGCCGCAGCGAAAUGUUUCUAGGAAGCUUCUGCUACGAUCAAGGUGGCGCAGCCGCCGUCAACGGUGGAUCGGAGCUGGACGAGGAUGAAGUUUGGUCCAUUGUUGACGACGCAGUCAAAGGGGAAAAUCACUCAUCUGGGGGCGAGUGGAGCUCACACGCCGGCGGCGGUUACUUGAGUCGCCUCCCGCAGCCUCGUACUAGCCGCCACCAGCGCCGCCAGAUUGGUGGCUUGUCAUUGGCCUUUGAUGAUUCGGGCAGGGGAUCUUCACCGAGCAUUGUGCACCAAAUCCGCGCAAAUGACAUCGUGGCGGAGUCUCCACGUAGACGCCAUCUCGCCACAUCGGCUCCGGUCAACGUGCCCGAUUGGUCAAAGAUCUACCGGGUCGACUCGGUCGAGUCGUUGCACGACUCGGACGAGGGAUUGAUUGAUGAUUCGGAAGUUGUUCCACCGCACGAGUAUCUUGCUCGUCAAUACGCGAGUAGCCGGAAAAUGGCCGCCAACUCGGUGUUUGAGGGCGUCGGUCGGACGCUCAAGGGACGGGACCUGAGCCGGGUUCGAGAUGCGGUGUGGAGUCAAACCGGGUUCGACGGCUAAUUAUAACGCGAGUCAAGGGCAUAAGUAGGAUUUCUCCGAAGUACAAGUACCAAAGCUAAGAUUUCCAGGUGGGCAUUACUUUCUAAUACCUCUAUUACAGGCUUUCUAAAUGAUGAUUUUGAUGAUGUCUAUAAGUUUUAAGAUGAUAAAUUGAUGUUUGAACUAAUUAACUUGCCGAAUUUUGAUGACGACGAGCCUGUAUGUUACCCUCUACGGAUGAAACGAUUUCGGGUCCUGCCAAAGGCGGGAUUGUGUACACGGAGGUAACUGUGAGCUGUAUACCGGGUUGGCCGGUCAGAAAUGACCGUGAGCCGACUGUCAGGUCGGCCGGUUACGGUGCUUGAGAAGGAGGCCUACUUCUCAGUACCAUGAUGAUGAUAAGUUGUAGAAGUGGUACUACAUGUUAAGUAUUUAUGACUGCAAUCUAUUUUUCAUUACUUUAUGAUGCUUAUAAUUUAUCAAUUGCUUACACAGGUUCUUUUAAGUAAAACCCCUGUGUGAUGUAUAAAUGGCAAGUUAAAUGUAUAGCUCUAAGAGCGAGAUUGUUUAUUUUCGGCUUAUGUCCACUGAGUAUUUUAUACUCAGCCCUGCAUGUAUUUCUAAAUGUGCAGGAUGAGCAAGGAGAGAGAUUGGGGGAUCGCUGGAGGGCUGUUGUUCAUAGACGACCUCUUGAGUACCGUAUUUUACUACUAUACGGUUGUGCAUAUAGUCGAAGACUAUGUUCUUGAAACUUAAUUAGGAUUGUUACUCUCAGCUAUAUGUCUUCAUACAUAUAGUCUGAUCACGUUUUGCUGUGCUACUCUGAGCAAUAUGAAUCAUUGUAAAUAUUUAGCUAUACUCCCUUUGUUUUUGUUGACUAGAACCUUGAUACAUUUGAAUAAGUGAAGCCGAUAAUGUUUCUAUUAA